AAGAUUUGCUGAUUUGCUUCUCAGACAAAAUAUUAGAGUUAGGAAGAAAACUCUAGCUUGCAGAGGUAAAGAAGAACAUGGAAAGUACUGGAGAUAUUGAGAAAAUGGAAGAAAAAUGUUUUGUUAGUUUGAAUUGUGGAGGUAAAGAAAAUUUCACUGAUGAACUUGGCCUUGAGUGGACUUCUGAUGAUUUUCUCAAGUAUGGAGACACAACAAGUACAUCUGUUGCUAAUGAGACAAGGAAGCAAUAUAAGACACCAUUCAUAUCCACCCUUGAGCUCAGACAAUUUAAUGGUUCAGUUUACUCCACAUCAUUUGAAGAUAAUUUUUAUCUUGGUGUCUCUGCAAGGAUCAACUUUGGUGCAGAUAGUGAAGAUCCAGUCAGGUAUCCUGAUGACCCAUUUGAUAGAAUAUGGGAAUCUGAUUCCUUGAAAGAAAAUUACCUUGUUGACGUUGCUCCUGGGACUAAGAAAAUUUCAACCAAUAUGCCAAUAGAUGUUACCAGUGGUGAGGAGUUGCCACCUCAAAAAGUGAUGCAGACUGCUGUGGUUGGUACAAAUGGAUCAUUAACUUAUCGACUGAACUUGCAUGGUUUUCCUGGUCAUGGCUGGGCAUACUGCUACCGUGCAGAAAUCGAAGAUUUAGCUGCUAAUGAGUCCAGAAAAUUCAGGGUGCUCCUACCAGGCAACCCGGAUGUCAGCAAACUUGUAGUGAAUAUCCUAGAAAAUGCUCAACGAAAAUAUAAAGUUUAUGAACCAGGGUUUCCCAACCUAAGCUUUCCCCUUGUCACACCAUUUAAAUUCAAAAUGACUUCUGAUUCUACCAGGGGACCACUUUUGAAUGCCGCGGAGAUAAAUAAGUAUGUGGAGAAAAAUGGUGGCUCCAUUGAUGGAGAAGUUAUUGGAAAGGUAACUUCACUCUACUCAGCAGACUGGGCACAAGAGGGUGGUGAUCCAUGUCUGCCAGUUCAUUGGUCUUGGGUGCAGUGUAACUCAGAUAAACAACCAAGGAUAGUUUCCAUCCUCUUAUCAAGCAAGAACUUGACAGGGAAUAUUCCUUCUGACUUGACAAAGUUGAGCGGUUUAGUUGAGUUAUGGCUAGAUGGGAAUUCGCUGACUGGUCCAAUUCCUGAUUUCAGUGCAUGCAUAAACUUGAAGAUCAUUCAUCUUGAGAACAAUCACUUGACGGGUGAGCUGCCUUCAUAUUUAACAAACCUACCGAACCUGAGGCUACUGCAUGUGCAAAAUAAUAUGUUAUCUGGGAAAGUACCAUCAGGUCUUCUGAGUAAAGACUUGGAUUUUGACUACUCUGGAAACAUUAAUCUUCACAAGGAUGGUGGAAAAGGGAAGCGCACUAGAGUAAUCAUUGGUUCAUCAGUUGGAGCUGCUGUUCUGCUCAUAGCUACUCUUGUGUCUUUCAUUCUUUUGUGCAAGGGGAAGAAAAGUCAUGUGAAAGAACAAGUUCAGCAUUCCUUGCCUGUUCAUCGGGCAGUUUCCAGCUUGGGUGAUGCUCCAGCAGAAGCAGCACAUUGUUUUGCAUUCUCAGAAAUUGAAAAUGCUACAAGUAACUUUGAGAAGAAAAUAGGUUCUGGAGGUUUUGGAGUUGUAUACUAUGGAAAACUAAAAGAUGGCAAGGAAAUUGCUGUAAAGGUUCUUAUCAGUAAUUCCUUCCAAGGAAAGCGACAAUUUACUAAUGAGGUAACACUUCUUUCAAGGAUACAUCAUAGAAACCUGGUGCAGUUUCAUGGAUAUUGCCAAGAGGAAGGGAGAAAUUUGCUUGUAUAUGAGUUCAUGCACAAUGGAACUCUCAAGGAACAUCUCUUCGGUUCAUUAACACGUGAACGACAUAUCAGUUGGAUAAAACGCCUGGAGAUUGCUGAAGAUGCUGCAAAAGGGAUUGAAUACCUUCACACAGGCUGUGUUCCAGCCAUUAUCCAUAGGGACUUGAAAACUAGCAACAUUCUUCUUGACAAGCACAUGAAAGCAAAGGUCUCAGAUUUUGGUCUCUCAAAACUUGCAGUGGAUGGAGUGUCACAUGUAUCAAGCAUAGUUCGAGGCACUGCAGGAUACCUUGAUCCAGAGUAUUAUAUUUACCAGCAACUAACAGACAAGAGUGAUGUCUAUAGCUUUGGUGUCAUUCUUCUGGAACUGAUAUCUGGUCAAGAAGCCAUUUCUCAUGAAAGCUUUGGUGCUAAUUGUCGUAACAUUGUCCAAUGGGCAGAGUUGCACAUUGAGAGUGGGGACAUUCAGGGAAUUAUCGAUCCCUCCCUACAGAAUGAAUACGACAUCCAGUCAGUGCGGAAGAUUGCCCAGAAAGCUCUGAUGUGUGUGCAGCCUCACGGACACAUGAGACCAUCCAUUUCUGAAGUUCUCAAGGAGAUUCAAGAUGCAAUCUUAAUUGAAAAAAAAGCCUUGGCCGUGGGAGAAGGUACCUCAGAUGAGAUGUCAAGUCACCCUAUGAAUUCUUCCCUUAACGUCAGUUCCCCGGAUUUCGUUCUAAAGAGAGACAUAAGCAUGUGAAUCUUGGGGUUCCGGAUUCCUUAGUUUCAGUUCUACUCUUGAUUCAACCUCAUGGCCCAUCUAGCACAUGCUUAUCUUCAAUGAAAAUAUUGAUCAUGA